UUCCUGGACCCGCCCCUGGUUAACACAUUGAUGUAGGAUUGCAGGCACGUGGCGGUGAAUUGAAACCUAUAAAAAAAAUAGUUAAAAAGAGUAUCUCAAAAAUGACCGCCGUGUUAGAACAUUGGGGUUCGGAAGGUCCCAAUAUACCAUCAGAAUACGUUUUAGUUGUAUCGUUUAACACUUUAAACACUGUACACAUUGACUUGAACAACAGCCGCCAUGAGGGGUUUAAUUGAAACCGAUAAAAUAAUUCUUCACUUUAUUAAAUUUUGUUUGUCUUCUAUUUUUCAUCAAAUUUUGUUAAUUUUACUAACUAAUUCAAGGCGCCUUCAAUGGUCUUUAUGUAAGUGGGUAUUUGAUGUGAAUAUAGCGGCAAUUAUACUCACUCGCUAUUAUAUAGAGCUAUAUUGUAUAGCGACGCGGUAGAGUGUCCGCAUGCAGAGCGACAGGUCGUGGGUUCGAACCCCGACAGGUGCAGAGAGCAAUUUGUGCAGUAUGUUAAAUUUGUCAUUGCAAACUGACCUUUCUCUUCGAAAUUGGAGAACGAAAUUCUAAAUAGACUGGGUAUGUGUAACUGGGUAUUUGAUGUGAAUAUAGCGGCAAUUAUACUAUCUCGCUUUAGGGCAAGUUUUUAUUGCGACACGGUAUAGUGUACGCAUGUAAAGCGAAACCCCGACAGGUGCACAUAGCAGUUUGUGCAGUGUGUUACAUUUAUCAACUGCAAUGUCUGUUUCUAUGUUACCUUGUUCUUUGAUAAAGUACCGAUUUGUGAUUUCGCAAUAUACAUGUACAAAAAUAACAACAUUUAACCUCGAUGUUUUUAGUAACGACCAAAAUCUCAGAAUUGUUAUUUAUAGCAUGUAAAAACCCAUAUGUACAUGUGUUACUAUAACUAGACAAAUUUUCCAUUUCUCUAUAAAUAGUCUAUUAAGCCCUGUCACCACGGUCGUUGGAAUUACCGAAACCCGAAAUUAUGGAAAAAACCGAAACACCCUUUCAUUUUCCUAAGUAUAUAUCGUAUAAGUAUUUCGGUAUUUUGGUAUUCCACCGACCACACCACGGCCACUUAAAUUGGAUUUCAUUUCAACAUAGUCGAGGUUUCAGGUACGAUUAACUUCUAAAUUAUCUGAUUUCAAUAAUAUUGUAAUUCAUUUUAAAUGUACGUAGUGAAGAAUAGAUGAAUCGAAGUGUUAACCUGCGACCACUUAAAUUAAUGUAGGUCAAAUUUAGCUGACCAGUGAAAGGUCGGCCAUUUUGAUUCGUAUCGAUUGGCUUUAAGCAUUUUGUUCUCGUUGUGGCGCGUGUUACUGAAUGUUAGGAACCCUGAACAAGCGAUCUAGGGGGAUUCCAAACAACCAGUUAGAGUGUUGUAUCCAGGCGACGAAAGGUCAUGGAAUUCCAAUAUUGCAUCACGACGUAUCAGUAAGCCGUCGUUCACUUGAAACAUGGCUUCAAAUGAAGAACAUUUUACCAAACUGGUUUUAUACUUACAAAAACCGUGUUUAAAAUUAUUUCGAGCACUACUUAAUAAACGUGUUGAGACGUUAUACCCUGGACAAACUGUUUACCAGAUUCUGUUAACUAAAAAGUCGCUAUUGUUGAAUACGAGACAUGGACACAACAACAAAAACAGAUAUUUUCCCGUGGACGCGACUGGCGCAGACCAACCAACCAAUCUCGAUACAUGGGAUAUUGGAAUGUAUGUCACUAUUCUUACACGUUACUGCAAAUGGCUGGGAAGCCGGGGACACGUCAUAGACAUUAAGACGCUCAGAGACGCAGUUUGUCAUCUUGGUUUCCCACAAAUAUCUUCGUCAGAUUAUGAGCAGCAUUUCGAAACAAUUAAAAAGUUCAUUCGUGACAUGCUGUUAUUUAUUGGCAAUGAUUCACUGACCAAGAAAUAAACCUCGAUGUGACCAAUUUAGAAAGACCUCUGACAAAAGAUUUAAUUGAGUAUGCCCAGAUCUGCCACAAGCUUUACCAGGGCGAUCAACGACUUAUGGAAAUCGUUCAAGAUCACAAGAGUGUAACGGAAUCACACGGGCAGAUGUUUCAGAUGUUAUUCACAGAAUUACAAGAGGUCAAAUCGAGGCUGCCACAGAAUGUACUUACGCAAGCUACUCCUCCAGACAACGCAUCUGUUCUCAUGCGUUUGAAGAACUGCACCCCAGAGGAGGAAGACGAAGUGUCAGCUCUGCUGGUUGGUUGUUUUUUUGACGUUAUUCAUCAAACUGAGGAGUUCCAGGUGUCAGCAGUAGACUGUGAAAAACUUAAGUCUGCUGUCCGACAGGCUUUUCAGGAGUUGUGUCAUGGGCGAGUGAGUAAUGCAGAACAGGGAUGCCUCAUACUUUACUUGACUUUCAAUUCAUUUGAAUCGUUCCUGGAUUUCAUUGAUGGUGUUUUCUCCGGAGCGAUUACCGAUAUGUUCAGAGCGCUCCAGACAGCCAUAAGAGAUACCUUCAACAAACCAAAUUUAGAAGUUGAUGUUGUUAUGAACACGAACCAGUUUACAUACUGUUUCCAGUAUAUCAUGGAGUGCCUCAAAAGGCUACUUCCUUCCAAACAAGCGGACGUGAACGAUAUGGAAACAGCUGCUCAUUCAAACCAAGGAGAAGCAAAAGACAUGGAAACAGCUGCUCCUUCCAGCCAGGGAGAAGCGAACGACAUGGAAACAGCUACUCCUUCCAGCCAGGGAGAAUCGAGCGACAUGGAAACAGCUGCUCCUUCCAGCCAGGGAGAAUCGAGCGACAUGGAAACAGCUACUCCUUCCAGCCAGGGAGAAUCGAGCGACAUGGAAACAGCUGCUCCUUCCAGCCAGGGAGAAAAGAACAACACCGAAACAGCUGCCAUCGGCGGAUUAGACAGAACACUGGAAAAUACUACACUACCAGAGGAUUCAAGUAUGCCAAUUAAUUUGCCAGAAAAAGACACAAACUCGUCAAAGAAGUUUGCCAUUGUAACCCCCUUUAUUUCCUUAGAUCCUUCUUCUAUGAUUGCGGAAAGCUUAAGAACAGAGUCACAGGGGCCUGAAAUGCUUGAAUCUGAUCGGAGACCCAUUGAAGGGGAUGGUGAAUUUGAAGUUAUUGAGUUUGAGCACUCGCCCAGCAAUGCAAAUGAAGGUCUUCAACUGAUGGGUGCGCCAUUACAGCCUCCUGAAGAAACAACCAAGCCUCGUGACGCCGAGGGUCGACCUGCUGAUGGUAAUGCAUCUUUAGCUAAACAUGAAGAUAGACCGCAGCCAUCCCAUUCAGGUUGGAAGUCUCCUUCUGAUGUUGAUACAGCUAAUUCUACCAAACACACAAUUAGCCAAUGUCUUCAAAAAGUGAAGGUGUCUCGAGUUGACGCAGAUGAGCUGCAGAGGCAGUUACAAGGUGAACUAAUGGACACAUGGAGUGAGUCGUGUGAACUGGUAAAGGGGACGAGGAUAAGAGCUGACAAUCUCGGUGCAUAUUUGGAUCAUCUCGUCGAUGCAUAUGAAGGCAUUGACAUGGCAACUAGAAGGAAGAUGGAGGGCAUUUUGUUCUCCAAAGAGGCUUGGAAACAUGAACUUAUUGAAUGGAAAAUCAACACUGGAAAUGAAAGCGGGUCUCGAUACGGCAUGAUAGCAUUUUGUAAAAGCCCUGAUUGCCUUUUCUUGGAUUGCAUGUGUGUUCUUUACAAAAUGAAUUUCAAGGUUUCACCGCAACGAUUAAUUAAGACACGCGACAAAUCGGCACUUUUUGGCUUGAUCACAUGGACGACGACUGAAGAACAAGUCCAAGAAAGAACACUGGGAGCGUAUUCCAUCAAAAGAUUGAAGAACUUUUUUCGUCUGAAGGCAUUGAAGGGCUUUUACCACGAGGGCAUUAUUGAUUCAAUUGACUAUGUCAGAUCAUUAAAUGACGUACCAUAGUUUACAUGUAACUUGUAGAUUAACAUCUACAAGAUGUAGCACUGACAGUUCAUCAAAUUAUCUUGAUAAAAGACUGAAACACAACGAUUUUUACGUCAACUUUCUGUGUUGAUAUAUGCAUGCGUGUGAAAGUGCUUAAUGUGAUGAUGUAUGACAGUGUUUAUAGUUGAUCAAUAUAACUUAUUAAAAUAAAAUCCAGAAAAUGUG